CCGCUUCCUGCCGAGCGGGCUCCGCGCAGCCCGGGGACGGGAGCAGCCCGGUCGGGCGGAGCGGACCCGACCCGGAGCCAGGCGGGAGGAGCCGGGGCGAAGUUGGGCGGAGGAUGGCUUGAGCGGCCGGGGAAGUUGUGCGCCAAGCCAGGCUCGCCUCGCCGGGCCACCUGUUUUGCAUCCGCUGGGUUGUCUGGGCUGGGGGGGACCGGCGGCGCCAUGUCCAAAGUGAUCCAGAAGAAGAACCACUGGAGCAGCCGGGUGCACCAGUGCUCGGCCCGGCGGGCGGCCGGCGGCCAGCCGGGGCUGCCCCUGCUCGGGGGCGCGGAGCACGGGCAGUUCCCCUACCUGGGGGCGGCGGAGGAGGGCGGCCCGCCGGUGCUGGCCGGGGGCGAAGAAGGGGGACUCAGCCCCGGGGAGCUGCUGCUGGAGGUGCAGGGGGUCCGCGUGUCCGGCUUGCCCCGCUACGACGUGCUGGAAGUGAUCCGGAGCUGCACGGAGCCCAUCUCGGUCAAAGCCGUGAGACAAGGAAGUAGACUGAACAAAGAUCUGAGGCAUUAUCUCAACCAGAGGUUUCAGAAAGGAUCUCCAGACCACGAGCUGCAGCAGACAAUUAGAGAUAACCUUUAUCGCCAUGCUGUGCCUUGCACAACCCGUCCUCCACGAGAAGGAGAAGUGCCUGGUGUGGACUAUAACUUCCUGACUGUGCAGGAGUUUCUGGACCUUGAGCAGAGUGGAACUCUUCUUGAAGUAGGAACAUAUGAAGGUAACUAUUAUGGAACACCCAAGCCUCCCAGCCAACCUGUCAGUGGGAAAGUGAUUAACACUGAUGCUUUGCAAAAUCUUCAGUCCAACUUCAAGCAGUCGACUCCAAAACGAACCAAGUCUUAUAAUGAUAUGCAAAAUGCUGGCAUAGUGCAUACAGAGAAUGAGAAUGAGGAUGAGGAUGACGUCCCUGAAAUGAAUAGUAGCUUUACAGCAGAUUCUGGUGACCAAGACGAGCACAAUAUACAUAGUAUAAGAGAAACAGCGCCACCUCCUGUGAAUAAUAGCAUCACCGCCAUUCCCACCACGGAACCAUCUCAGAAGCUCCCUCAAUACCUACCUCCUUCUGCAGAGGAAAACCUAGGUCCUCUACCUGAAAACUGGGAGAUGGCCUAUACCGAGAAUGGAGAAGUCUAUUUUAUAGACCAUAAUACUAAAACAACAUCUUGGCUAGACCCACGGUGCCUGAACAAACAGCAGAAGCCACUAGAAGAAUGUGAAGAUGAUGAAGGGGUACACACGGAGGAACUGGACAGUGAACUAGAAUUGCCUGCUGGUUGGGAAAAGAUUGAAGAUCCUGUAUAUGGAGUCUACUAUGUAGACCACAUUAACAGGAAGACACAAUAUGAGAAUCCAGUUCUGGAAGCGAAACGGAAAAAACAGCUUGAGCAGCAGCAAGAACAACCAGAAGAAUGGACAGAAGAGCAUCCAUCUCUUGGUCCACUGGCUGUUCCAAACCAUGCUCCAAACACCCAAGAACCAGUUCGAGAAGCACCAGUGCAAGGAAAACCAUUUUUCACGCGAAAUCCUUCAGAGUUGAAAGGGAAGUUCAUCCACACCAAGCUGAGGAAAAGCAGCAGGGGGUUCGGCUUCACUGUGGUCGGAGGGGACGAACCGGAUGAAUUUCUCCAAAUCAAGAGUUUGGUGCUUGAUGGCCCUGCUGCCCUGGAUGGCAAAAUGGAGACAGGAGAUGUUAUAGUCAGCGUGAAUGAUACCUGUGUGCUGGGACAUACACAUGCUCAAGUUGUAAAAAUCUUCCAGUCCAUUCCCAUCGGUGCCAGUGUGGAUCUUGAAUUGUGUCGAGGUUACCCUCUGCCCUUUGACCCCGAUGACCCCAACACAAGCCUGGUGACAUCUGUGGCAAUUCUAGAUAAAGAACCGAUCAUUGUAAACGGGCAGGAAAAUUAUGAUUCUCCAGCAAGCCACAGUAGUAAAACGGGGAAAGUAAAUGGCUUGAAGGAGCAACGGCCAAGUAGUCCAGCUGAAGUGUCUUCAAAUGGAUCCCAUGGUUACCCCAACGAUACUGUCUCUUUGGCUUCUUCUAUAGCAACACAGCCUGAACUCAUAACUGUACAUAUAGUGAAAGGGCCCAUGGGCUUUGGUUUUACUAUAGCAGACAGUCCUGGUGGUGGGGGCCAAAGAGUGAAACAAAUUGUAGACAGCCCCAGGUGCCGAGGCCUAAAAGAAGGGGAUCUUAUCGUUGAAGUGAAUAAGAAGAAUGUGCAAAACCUCACUCACAACCAAGUCGUGGAUAUGCUGAUUGAAUGUCCUAAAGGAAGUGAAGUCACAUUACUUGUGCAACGAGGAGGAUUGCCAGUCCCAAAGAAGAGCCCAAAGUCGCAACCACUUGAAAGGAAAGACAGCCAAAACAGUUCCCAGCAUAGCGUCUCUAGCCACCGUAGCACGCACACGGCUUCACCCAUCCAUACCACUCAGGUGCUUCCCGACUACCCUGCCACUGAAGCACCAGCUGUGGAGCAGCCGGACAGCUCUGGACAGAAAAAGCCAGAUCCAUUCAAAAUCUGGGCCCAGUCCAGGAGCAUGUAUGAAAGCCGACCUAUGUCACCUUCGCCUGCAGCUGGAGUGAGCAAGGGUGAGAGAGAGAGAGAAAUCAAUUCCACGAAUUUUGGAGAAUUUCCAGAUUAUCAAGAACAGGAUAUCUUUCUAUGGCGAAAGGAAACGGGCUUUGGGUUUAGGAUUCUAGGUGGAAAUGAGCCUGGAGAACCUAUUUACAUUGGUCACAUUGUACCAGUAGGCGCUGCUGAUGCCGACGGUCGUCUAAGAUCUGGAGAUGAGCUGAUCUGUGUGGACGGAACACCUGUUGUCGGAAAAUCUCACCAGCUGGUAGUCCAGCUUAUGCAACAGGCUGCCACAGGUCAUGUCAAUCUAACUGUAAGGCGCAAAGUGGUAUACACAGUUCCAAAAGCAGAGAACGAAGUCCCUUCUCCAGCCUCUUCACACCACAGCAGCAACCAGCCAGCUUCCCUGACGGAGGAAAAGCGGACCCCGCAGGGAAGCCAGAACUCCUUAAACACUGUGAGCUCGGGCAGCGGCAGCACCAGUGGCAUUGGCAGUGGCGGGGGCGGGGGAAGCGGCGUGGUCAGCGCAGUGGUGCAGCCGUACGAUGUCGAAAUCCGCCGGGGAGAAAAUGAAGGCUUUGGCUUUGUGAUCGUGUCCUCAGUUAGCAGGCCCGAGGCAGGGACAACUUUUGCAGGAAAUGCAUGUGUGGGCAUGCCUCACAUAGGUCGGAUAAUUGAGGGGAGCCCUGCAGACCGCUGUGGCAAGCUGAAAGUAGGAGACCGGAUCUUGGCUGUUAAUGGAUGUUCCAUCACCAACAAAUCGCAUUCAGAUAUCGUCACUUAAUUAAAGAAGCAGGAAACACUGUUUAGUCUGCGCAUCAUUCCAGGGAUGGAAUCCUCCAAUGCUACUUUAUUGACCAACGCUGAAAAAAUUGCUACGAUUACAACCACACAUACUCCUCAGCAGAUACUCCAGGAGCCCAGGAACAACACAAAACCAAAACAGGAAUCCCAGUUUGAUUUCAAACCGCCUCCAGCAGCACAGGACCAAGAUUUUUACACCGUUGAACUGGAAAGAGGAUCCAAAGGAUUUGGCUUUAGCCUGCGAGGUGGCCGAGAGUAUAAUAUGGAUCUCUAUGUAUUGCGGUUGGCUGAGGAUGGUCCAGCUGAGAGGUGUGGAAAGAUGAGGAUUGGUGAUGAAAUUCUAGAGAUCAAUGGGGAAACUACCAAGAACAUGAAGCAUGCUCGUGCCAUUGAACUGAUUAAAAAUGGUGGCCGCAGAGUCCGCCUGUUUCUGAAACGUGGAGAUGGCUCUGUACCAGAAUAUGACCCCAGCAGUGACAGGAACAGUCCCGCCACAGGUUCACAAAAUAUAUCGGAAAUGAAAAACGUGCCAUCUGACCGACGACAACACCCAUCAUUGGAGUCCAGUUAUCCACCAGAUCUUCACAAAUCAUCACAACAUGGGGACAAGCGGAUAUAUGUUAAAGAUCCAAAAGGCAGCAGAGAGUUUAGCAGACAAUCCAAUGAACACCACACUUGGAAUGGAACUUCUCAAAACAAUGAUAGUGUAACAGGUAGAAAAAAGGACAGGUCACCAGGAAGGAGACGAGAUAGACAACCAGAGAGAACGGUGGUAAAUGGACAAAAAAUGAAAUCUCCUGAAAAAAGGAGGGAAGGGACAAGAAGUGCUGACAAUACUUUGGAGAGGAGGGAGAGACAUGAGAGAAGGAGAGACCUUUCUCCCGAAAGGCGAAGAGAAAGGUCACCAACUCACAGAAGGGAUGGGUCGCCAAGCAGGCGAAGGAGGUCACUUGAAAGACUAAUGGAUCAAAGAAAAUCACCAGAGAAGAGAAGAGAGAGCUCACCUGAACGGAGGGCAAAGUCAACUGACGGAAGAAGGGAGAGGUCACCAGACAAAAGGAUCAAGGAUGAGCGAGUCAGCCACAGAGAGAGGGAAGAACACAGUUUGAAAUAUGAUACCAACAAAAGACACCCCCCUGAACAGAGAAGGAAACCCUACAAAGAGUGCAGCACUGAUCUCAGCAUCUGAGGUACUCAUCUGAUGCACAGAGCCACAUUCCAGCCUUUAUAUAGUGCUGAAGGCUCUAAGAAGAGGGUAAUAAAGCUGAAAUUAUCUUAGUUUCUUAUAUGAUGAAAUAUCAGAUACCUGCUGAUCCUAUGAAUAGCAACAAACGUUUUACGCAGAUGAAAUCUUAUAACAAAAAUAUAUACAAAAUGUUGUGCCUGAUGUAUAAUAUUAAAGAAAGUAUUUUUAAGUGUAUUUUUCUUUAAGUUACUUGCCAAAUGGUCCUAAAGGAUUAUACAAAUUUUGUUUCUGCAUAUUCUGUAGAUUUCUUGAGAUUAAUUCCUCUAUCAGGCCACUUCCCCUUCUCUCCCAUAAUUAAAUGGGGACAGCCAAUAAUAUAAGAUAGUUAGAGGAUUUUUUUUUAUAAAGGGUAAAGAAGGAAUUAAAAUGUGCAUAUCAAUUGGAUUGGAGAACUCCUGCUGAAGGAAUGAAAAAAGGGAAAAAAAAAAAAAAAAAAAGUUCCUAAAACGACAAGAACUGUUUGAAGAGACUGUUGUUUCAAUGAAGGAUAUUUAUACAAAAACCCACACAGCACAAGAUGACUUAUGAUAAGGAAUUUAUCGUUUGUUCCAUGAGCAGUUUGUACAUUUAGGCCCCCUCUCAAGGAUGUGUGAAGGCAAAAGACUGGUAGCGGCCAUAUCUGUGUAACACACAAAGGUUGACUCUCAAUCUCUCUCGCUAAUCUCAGCAACACUUACGAUAUUCCGUUAAGAAUGUGCCCCCGGAGCCCUACUCAACUACUGGAAGUAUAUGGACAGAAAUCUGAGCCUGUCCAGUAUUGUUUGGUCUGCCUUGCAGAAGAGUAGUGCAUUGGGAUACUGGGGUAAAGACAGUGAAGUUUGAGGGGAAUGAGCUGUCGCUUCACAGGGCAGAUUUAUUCCUUCUGCUCAGGCUAAACCCGUGGGCUUUUCGUAUUUUGCCAAAUUGGAAAUCUUUGUGUCUAUACAUAGAUAGAUAGAUAGAUUCAAGUUUUAUUUUACUGGUUCAUUCCUACUGAGACGAAAAAAUGAGAGACCUGUCAGAGGCACAUAAGGACAGAGGCAAUCAGAAGAAGGGUCUGGUUGUGAAAGCCUAGAUGCUGGUUAUGCUGUAAUUUAGAAUCUACAAACAGCAGCAAAAGGAAAAAAAUGCAAGUUUCAAAGCUGUAUUUUUAAGUUUGCAAGUUGUGUGGUAAGUCUGCUGUAGUAUUGGAUAAGAUUUUAAUGGAUUACUGCCUAGCUGAGCCAAAAGGUUUGCCAUUACUGUUGGACCACUAAAGUAAACUGCUGCUUUUUACAGUGCAUUGGUGUAUACAUGUAUACUGUUCCACAUUUUCCAUACGAACACAAAAACAUUGCAAGUCUAUCACUGUUGUUGCCAUGGUACUGUAAAAAAAAAACAACAACAACAAAAAAAGAGAAGAUGGCCAAUCGUGUGUACAGAGUUUAAAUUGUAAUUAAUAGAGCCUGUUGGAAAAAAAAUAAAACUGUUGCCUUUUUCUUGUAUAAAAGAGAAUUAUGAUGAAAUUUAGCUGUCAGGAAUGUGAUAAGUGUUUAUAUUUCUGAAAAUGGAACAAAUUGAUUCAUGGGAAUAUAUUUUAAUGUAAACUGAAUCAGGUAUGUAAAGCUGUUUUCAAAUGGGAGACUAUAUAAGUAAUUCUAAAGCUUU